GAAUCUGGUUUGUGUUGUGAAAAAUAGCUGGUUUAAAGUGAGUGAGAGGAAUCACAAUGGAAUAUCAUUUGGUGUUCGUGGCCCUUUUGGCCCUCACCAUUGGCCAGGUGCACGGGACCAAGGAGAUACAUUGGGACGAAAGGAAUGUUCAGCGAGCAAGUAUGAAUGAGUACAUGGACUACGUUUUAACAUACAUGGCUCCCAUAUUCCGGUCCUCAGGACUUAUUCCCAUGACUCUGCCAGACACUUCAAUCGGCUGGGAGGCGCAACCAAUUUGGAUAACGUACGGGGGCAUCAUUGACUUGUACAACGGUCUUCUUUUGGAUAUUGACAAUGUGAACCGAGCGGGCGAUUGCUUCUUGUCCUACAAUCGCCAAAUGCUCAGAAUGGAGAUACGGUCUCGUCUCACAAGGAUGCCGUAUCACUACGACUAUGAGACACGUGUGAUGGGUCUGGGAAUAUUCCGGGGCUGGGUAGAGGGACACAUGGAAGAUAUGGUAAUUGACAAGGACUUCCUUCUUGACAUGUUCGACUUCUUCGUCUUCAUGCAGUACUUCCGUGUAAUGUCAAUUGGCGAUAUUCAUGUGCGCGUUCGUGGAAAUAUUCUCACCGACUGGCUGGCCAAUUUGACUAUUGACCUUGUUAUCUUCUUCUUUGAGAACACCAUCGUACAAUUUGUCUCUGACACACUGCAACAGUUCAUCCAAGAGACUAUUGAUGAAAUCAACGCGAACCGUGUACGUUUUGCAGAAGUUGCUCAAGCUCUCGCCGACUCUAUGCAAAAUUCCGACCCCAUCCCAGUGGAAAAGUAUGGUGAGAAUGUCGUAAGAUUGGUCCAGAAGUAUGUCAACGUGUAAAAUUGAAAAUGGCAUAAAUGAUAUUUUUUUCAGUAUACUAAUGAAAUUUAUAAAAUAAGUGUGCAAUUCUUAGUAGUUUAUUCUAUUAGCAAAUGUUUAUUAUACAAGAGAAUAGAUUAAUUUUAAUGCUAAGCCACUAUUCAGUACCUGAUAGCCUAUGUUGUAUUAUAAAUUAAAUAAAUGAUUUCAAAAUAAAGAGGAUAAUUCGAGCAAAAAA